UCCCAGUGUGGCCUUGGUUUUUAUAAACCAUCCCGGGCGCUCGGAGAGGGAGGCCGCCGCUCUGCCGCUCCUUCGCCCCGCGUCCCGUCCGACUCGCACGCCAUGAGCGCCUCUAGGCCUUCCCCUGAGGGCCAAGCCGGGGAGGAAGAGGAGCAGCAGCGGCGUCGGCGACGGAGGCAGCUGGAGCGGGGCUGCUUCGCGCGGGAAGCCUGAGCCGAGCAUCGGGCGCCCGGGAGAUGGAAGCGCUGCGCGGAGAGCCCGGGGCAGGCGGCGGGGGCUGCUCGCAGAGCCGAAACUUUCUCUCCGCUCCCAUCUUCGGGCCGUCGGCGCCGGGUUCGACGAGAUCGGGCUUCGUCUACGAGCGCUCGGGCCCGGGGACCGUGGCGCGCUCCACGCCGUCCUCGUCCUCUGAAACGCCGUCCUCGUCUAAGGACUGCACCGCCGGACUUCCUAUUGCGGCGGCGGCGGCGGCACCACCCUCGGCCACAACGGCCGCCGCCGCCCUGGGCUAUCCUCCAGGUUACCCCCCCUUUGGCCACGGUUACUACAGCUGCCGCAUGGCGCACGGCGUGGGGCUCCAGCAGAACGCCGCGCUGAAAGCGGCCCCGCACACCGCCUUCCCGGUGGAGAAGUACAUGGACGUGGCCGGCCUGGGAGCCGCCAGCACGACCUCGGGCGUCGGCAGCGACCCUUCCUCGCGGGCCAAGGAGGUCUCUUUCUACCAGAGCUAUGCGGCCACCGCCGGCCCCUACCAGCACGUGCCCCCCGGCUACCUGGACGUGGUUUCUAGUUUUGGACCGGCGGCCCCUUCGGGGGAACCCCGGCACGAGACCUACAUCUCCAUGGAGGGCUACCAGUCCUGGACUUUGGCUAACGGCUGGAACGGACAGGUGUACUGCUCUAAGGACCAGGCCCCGGGCUCCCACUUCUGGAAGUCUUCCUUCCCAGGGGAAGUUGCACUAAACCAGCCAGACCUGUGCGUGUACCGGCGCGGGCGGAAGAAGCGAGUGCCUUACACCAAGCUGCAGCUAAAGGAGCUGGAGAGCGAAUACGCCCUGAAUAAAUUCAUCAACAAGGACAAGCGGAGGCGGAUUUCUGCGGCCACCAAUCUCUCCGAAAGGCAGGUCACCAUCUGGUUCCAGAACCGCAGAGUCAAAGACAAGAAAAUCGUCUCCAAGCUGAAGGACACCGUGACUUGAUCCCAGGAGGCUUUACAGAGGGAGGCUGGCUGGGAGCAUCUUCCCUUCAAAAAAGGACUCUUGGAAAGACUUGAAAUAUAUUUAAGGUCUCCUUUGUGUUAAAGGGCAGAUCUGGGGAAGCGCUUCUGAUCAUGUUUGCAACUUCUGGAUUGUAAUGGAAUGCUGCAAGUUUUUAAGGCUCUGGUUUAAUCCCUUGGUCUUUUCUCCAUUGCUAUACUUUGUUAGGGUUUCUUCUUUUGUUUUUGUUUUUUCUUCUCUCCCUUCCCCCCUCCCAAAGAGCAGUGUAAGUAGCACAUCUGCAGUCACACACUUUUCAAUGGCUAUCGGGCUAAGAACAUUCAGGUGCUAAAAGGAGCUGGUAGGAUUGUGGGAGAGAGAUGUGUGAGCACACAAACAUAUUCCCUGAGGUGCCUGUGCCGUACUUUUUCCUCUGGUCCACCACCCCUAUUUAAUAAGGAUCAGGACAGAUAGAACAAUGGAGGUCCUGUUUCUCUGAGCCUGACUAGGUGGCUCAGUGGCUAAGACACUGAGCUUGUCGAUCAGAAAGGUUGACAGUUCGAAUCCAUAGUAUAGGUCUCCUGUGUGAGCAGGGGGUUGGACUAGAUGACCUCCAAGGUCCCUUCCAACUCUGUUACUGUAAUAAACUGUUAAACUCUGAUUGAGAUGCCAUGGCUUAAAAUCAAUGAAGCCCCCGACCCUCAUUUGUGACCAAUCUCACCCUCAUUUGUGACCAAUCUCGUGCUGUAAUGGAACGUAAUUUCAAUGGGAUCUUGGGCCUGAUUAACAACCUUUUCCAACCCUGGUCCCAACUGAGAUUCGUUCUAAACCAAAUGGCAUUGGAGUUUCAAAACUUUAAAAGCCAAUUGUGCCUAUAUGUUUAGCUAUAUAAAGAUGUGUAUAAAUCAAUGUGUAUUUUAAUAUAAAUAUUGUAUGCCCUGAUAUCUUCAUCACAAUCACAGUUGCCUUCAUUCACCCUUCUGGGCACUGGGAAAAAAAAUUGUCCAAAAGGUUGAACGCCACUGAUAGCUUUUGUUACUAAGGGAAACGGGUGUUAGUGAAAGAAGCAAUAAAUGCUAAACAGCUACAAGAGACUUGAGCAAUUGGA